GUCGGAUUUCGGUACAACACCGGCGCCAGCUCCUACGGUGACGCGAGCAAAACACUGAAUGUGUGUCAAGUGGAGGGGGUGUGCGGGGGGCAUUGACCCAGUUUCCCGUAAAAACAGCACAGCGCAAAGAGAGUUAAAGAAACCACCGACGGAGCGUUACUUUUACAAAGCCAUCCUUUUUUUCUUUAAUGAAGCGCAAGUGAUUCUCGAUUUGAAUGAACGUAAACGCGUACGUUGAUGUUUAUGUCGAGCAGAAGUGAACUUUUGCGCUGGACACGUGACAGGGGGCGGUCCCCGCGAUCAUAACAAACAACUCGGAGCAGAAGAGACGCGAUGUGUCUGUGAGGGUCGCGGUUUGUCGUGCUUUUUACAAAAACGUUUAUUUAAUCUGCGUACGUGUUGCAUUUCGAUUACUACGUGCUCGGAUUUCACUCAAUGGGACAUGUCUGUGACACAAGCCGAGUGUGAUUUUGAGGCACUGGAGGAGCAGGUGGACAUUAAACCUCAGGUGGCAGUGGUCCGUCGGAACCUCUUUGGUCCCGUAGACCAUCAGCAGUUGCAGCAGGACUUUCAGAGGCUGUUUUGCAUGAGCGUUGAAGUUGCCAAGGAGCGCUGGAACUUUGACUUUCAGAGGGACCAGCCGGCCCCUGGCUCCAUUGAGUGGGAGGAGCUGCCAUGCCAGGAUGUGCCGGCGUUCUACCGUAGCUGUGUCGUGAGGGCUGGUAUGGCGAGGUUUAGAGGUGGUUCACCUGCAACUACUGCAACAGAGAAACAUGUGGAGCUGCGGAGUAAAGAUAAAUUGAGAGGAACCAAGCCAGAGACGAGGAUGACUGCAAGUUUGAGGGUUAAACGCAAACAAGCCAACAUCACAGACUUUUUCAGAGUGACAAAGAAAAGGCUUCUUCAUCAUAAAAACUCGUAAAGACAGGGACCAUGAUGCUAUGUUGGACUGUUUUUGUAUAUACAUGUAUAUACAAUAUGUAGCUCAUGUGUAGCACAUGUAGCUCUUAUAACGUCAGGCAAGUGCUUGGAUUCCUAUUUGACUUUGAAAGUCUUCAAAUUGAAUUAUGUUUUCUAUAUUAUAAAUGCAGUAUGCACAUCAACAUUUACUCCCAGGACUUUUUUAGAUUUAAAUGUUACCACAUGGUACCAUGAUGUCUGAACUGCGAAUUAUAAUCCCGUCAAUAUUUAUCAAAUCGUGUAAUAAUAAAACAUUAGUAUGAAAUGUACCUUAUCAGGUAACUGAUAGAAAGGUCAGAUAUUAUUGAAUAAUAGUGUCCUCCCUCAACUCAACUCAACUUUAUUUAUAUAGCGCUUUUUACAAUUUUCAUUGUUACAAAGCAGCUGUACAUGAGACACAUUUAAUACAAGUAUGAAUUCUCCCUUGCAAACUUCAAUUCAUAUAUUUGAAUUUGUUCACUGAAUGAACAACUUAGUAACAUUUAAAAUUACUUUUUAUUAAAUGUAUUGUUGUUACACAAUUAAUUAUGAAAAAAUUCAGGAUGCAGAUGUUUUAAUGUUUAUCGGCCAUAUCUAUUGGUGUUUACUGAAUAUGUAUAUUUACAAAAUGUAACAAAUACUGUGAACAUCUCCCAAAAAUGCACUAAGAAAUUAUUGUUUAAUUGAUUUUUGUAACAGCAUAGCAAUUUUCAUGUUUCAAAAUAGUGUAUAAAAUCUAUUGUUUAAUUUAUAUUAAAAAAAAUCACGUAAAAUGGAUUAUAAAAUGAAGAGUGCCGAAACAUUAAAUGAUGAUUAUCUGAGCCAUUACCUUUUUAUGUCUUAAAACAUGCAUUCAUUUUUAUAAUCUUUUAAACAAUUAUGUUUUAAACAAUUGUGUAUUGUUUUUAUGUGUAUUGGUUAUGUAUUUGUUCAAAUGUAUUUUACCAAACUUUGUUAAAAACAACUGUCACUAAAAAACAAUGUAAUUUCUCCCGAUAAAUACAACCGCUUAAAGACUUCUGGACUGUUGUUAGUUAAUAUAAGUAAUUAAAUGCUGAAAUUUUGAGAAUCUCAAAUUAAGGCUGUUUGUUGCAUUCAUUUUUUUUAAGUGACUUUCGAACAGCAGUCAAAUGUAUUUUUUUAAUAUAUUAAUACCCCUAAAAACUUACCUCUACCUCAGAAACAAAACAUACCUUUAUUCAUAAGCAUUCACACCUGUAAGAAAACAUUUAAGAUGUAGCAUUUGUUUUUGUACUCAUGGAUAUGCUGUAUGAUUCCACAGAAAUACAGCAGAAUAGUAUGGAUUUUGUAGCAAUAGUAAAGUAAUUUGUAAUAUAGUGUUAUAUUUGUUCCAUGAGUGUCCCCGUUAUUUUUUCUAGUCACUCAUGUUUGUCUUAUCCUGUGUCAUUCUGUUUUGUGGAAAACCUUUCAAGUGCCUAAUGAAAUCACCAGUUUUGUAUUUUAAAUUUUUUACUUUUUUUGCACUUAAUGUAAACAUAAUAAUAAUAAAGUGAUUUUUAUCAUAUAGCAAAUAUGUCAACAUAUAACCAUAAGCCAUAUAAUAACCAUAUAUAAUGCUCUGUGAUUGUAUGUUAAAACUAUAUUAAAACCUGUUAAAAUUAGCUGACUUCACAGAAAUUAUGUAUCUUGUUUAUGUGCAAAAGUCAACCAUAAAAUUAUGCAUUAAGAAUU